AUGCCUGAGGCCGACAAGUUUCGUGUCCGCCACGCGAGGUCGGACGGUGACGAUGCGCAGUUCAUCAUGGCCGCGUUCGACUCGACGAUACCUUACCUCGCGUCCAUCGGCGCCGGCGCAAUGUGGGGUGAGAAGCCCUUUUCCGAGAAAGACGGCUUUGAAGGGGAAACAGUGGAAUCGAUCCAAAAGUCGGAGCGCGACGAUGAGCCCCUGAGGGUCUUCAUCGCCGAGGUCGGUCCCGGCGCGGCCGCCGAGCAAGGCACGGCGCAGCCUGUGCGCGUCGGCUCCGCGAUGGUACGCGAAGACUCGCUGCCGUCGUACAUAACGGACCGAGAAGAGAUGAAGCCUGAAGUAGACGGAGCCAAGGAUUAUCUCUUCUUGGAGGUCGUCAUCUCAGACUACAGGACGGGGCCGCUUCACAGGGGCGCCGGGGCAGCGCUGAUCGAGGCCAUCAAACACUAUGGGCGUGAGAGGAACAAGAAGACCUUGUAUGUGGACUGCUGGGCUGGCAACGGUGCCAAGCUGAACAGGUAUUACGAAAAACUGGGCUUCGCCAGGGUCGGCGACUUUUCGUUUGGCAGGGCCAAUGGAGAGAUUUGGCCAGGCACCUUCUUCCGCAUGGAUCUGUAG